GUUGCCUCAGGUGCUCUGCUGCUGGUGUAGCAUACACCACUGUUGGAGUUUAAUGCUUUUCGUGGUAACAUAAAGACGGACAGGACUGCUGAAGACAGGGAAAUCCCAGAGGGAGGAAGAACAAAUCGACCUCCUCCUGCAGGGAGCUGAACCUUCAUCAUCACCGUCAUCAUCAGUGAUUCUGCUCAGUCAUGGCGGGAGCUCUCAGGAUGACUGAAGCUCAGUACAUCAACGUCUACGACAAUGAUCUACAUGUGAACCUGAUGCAGUAUGACUACAUUCCUCCAGUGGACAUAAAGACAGAACCCUACAUACCUGAGACAGCUCACGGUCCUUACAUCCAAAUCAUUGAGGAGCCAAAGCAGAGGGGCUUUCGUUUCCGUUAUGAGUGUGAAGGUCCCUCCCAUGGCGGGCUCCCAGGGGCCUCAAGUGAGAAGAACAGGAGAACUUACCCAACAGUGAAGAUUAAUAACUAUGUGGGUCACGCCCGGGUGGAGGUCCAGUUGGUGACCCACUCCGAUCCUCCUCGGGUUCAUGCUCACAGUCUGGUUGGACGUCACUGCACUGAGAACGGCAUCUGCACGCUGGACAUCGGCCCCAACGACCUCACUGCCUCCUUCAGUAACCUGGGGAUCCUCCAUGUGACAAAGAAAGGGGUGGUGGAGGUCCUGAGCAGGAGGCUGAGAGAGGAGCGAAGGAGACAGAAAGGAGCUCACAGUCUCCUCACAGAUGCGGAGGAGAGCUCCUUCCUGAAGGAGGCCAAGGACCUGGGGAAGGUGAUGGACCUGAAUAUCGUCAGGUUAAAGUUCACCGCCUACCUGCAGGACAGCAACGGAGGUUUCACCAGAGCGCUAAAACCUGUCGUCUCCAACCCCAUCUACGACAGCAAAUCACCCAACGCCUCCAACCUGAAAAUCUCUCGGAUGGAUAAGACGUGUGGCUCGGUGCUCGGAGGAGACGAGAUCUUCCUGCUGUGUGACAAAGUCCAGAAAGAUGACAUAGAGAUACGUUUUUAUGAGGAGGAUGAUGAGGGAAGCUGGGAGGCCUACGGUGACUUCUCACCCACAGAUGUUCACAAACAGUACGCCAUCGUAUUCAAAACCCCGCCGUAUCACAUUGCAGAGAUCGAGCGGCCCGUCACCGUCUUCCUGCAACUGAAGAGGAAAAAGGCUGGAGACAGCAGCGACCCGAAACCGUUCACCUACAUACCACAGGUUCAAGACAAAGAGGAGGUGCUGAGAAAGAAGCAGAAACCGCUGCCUCACUGUGAGACUGGCUCCUGGAGUGGAGGAGGAGGAGGAAGAGGGGGAGGGGCUGGAGGAUAUGGAGGAGGAGGAGGAGGAGGGGGAGUAUUCCAGUUCAGUCAACAAAUGAAUGGAGCAGGAGGAGGAGGAGGAGGAGGAGGAGGUUUCUUCACUGGAGGCUUCACAGGCUUUGGAGGCGGAGCUCAGAUGUCAGGCUCCACCCCUCAGACAGGCGUUACCCAGCAACAGACAACCAGACAGACAGGAGGACAGACUGGUUCACCACUACAACAGCAGCUGUUUCAGAUUGCUGCAGCCCUCCACAGCAGAGCCUCACAGAGUGCCAGACAGACCGCUGCUGCCCUACUACAGUACUGCAGCACCGGAGACGCCCGGGUCCUUUUGGCAAUCCAGAAACACCUCUGUGGCGUCCAAGAUGGCAACGGAGACACUCCAUUGCACCUGGCCAUCAUCCACCAGCAGACAGGAGUGAUUCAGCAAUUGAUCCACACUCUGCUCAGCAGCCAGCAGCAAAACACCCUCAACACAGCCAACCACCUCCGACAGACUCCUCUCCACCUGGCGGUGAUUACCAGGCAGGUGAAGGUGGUGGAGGUGUUGUUGAGGGCAGGGGCCGACCCCAGCCUGGUGGACAAAGAUGGCCGUAAUCCUCUCCACCUGGCAGCGCUGGCCGGAGACCAAAACACACUUCGCCCCCUGCUUGCUCACCUAGGAGAACGCCACACCAACCUGGUGAACACGCCUGACUACCACGGUCUUCAUCCUCUCCACCUGGCGGUGAGGAGGGAAGGUGAGCGCUGCCUCCGUCUGCUUGUGGAGGGUGGAGCCAAAAUCAACGCUCCUGAACAGAAAAGUGGAAACACUGCCCUCCACCUGGCUGUCAGAGAAAACCAGUUCAAGGUGGCCUGCACUCUCAUCACAGAGCUGAAGGCGGAUGUUAACGCAUGCACGUUUGGAGGAAACACGCCUCUUCACAUGGCUGCCAGUCUAGGAUCUCCGACCCUCUGCUCCAUGCUCAUCGCUGCAGGCGCUGAUAAGAGCGUAGAGAAUGAUGAGCCGCUCCACUUCAGCUCCUCUUCAGACGAAGAGCAUGACGAAGAUGAACCAAUUAGAGAGGAGGUCAAAGGAAGAGAAGCUGCCUCGCAGCCAAUCAACCCUCGCAAGAGACCUUCAGGAGGACACACCCCUCUGGACCUCGCUAGAUGCCAAAAGGUGAGGAACCUCUUGAGCUCCAGACAGAGUCCAAAACCAAGUCGUCACAGCAGUAAGAAGAUGAAACCGAGCAGCAGUGAAGAGGUCGAGGCUUCGGGGCUGGACGAGGAGACUCUAUCCCGGCUCGUGGAUGUGUUGAGUAUCGGAGACGUUUCGUGGAUGAAACUGGCGGAGAAACUGGGGAUGAUGACGCUGACUCACCUGUACCUGGACAGUCAGGCACCGUGCCAACAACUGCUGCAGCACUACAAGCUGGGUGGAGGUCCAGUCGACGGUCUGGUGGAUGCUCUUCAGUCCCUCGGUCUGACAGAAGGAGUACGACUGCUGAGAAACAAAGAGCUACAAGACGACAAACACAGCACAGAUGCUACGGUUGACAGCGGCUUUGGCAGUCAGCCAAUGGAAGAUGAGGAGUCACCUGUGACCAAUCAGUGAGGAGCUGGAAAUACAUGCAUCUUGAGCAGCUUCAGGAAAUCCAUCUCACUCUGCAGGAACCUCCCAAAACUGCACUUCAAUGGAAAGACUGGGAGGAAGAUCCCUACUGGAGGUCUGAAUCCUUUUUCAGUCCAAUCAGACUCUGACGUUUGUUUUCCUGCAGAGGAGACGAGUACUGCCUUCAAGAAGGACACAAAGAUUUUAAAGUCAUAGCAGGAAGAACUAGUCUUGUAUCAACAUAAUAAUAAAGAUUAGUAGAACAUUAUAUGACACCAAAUACAGUUUUAAAGACAAUGUGUCAACUUUAUUGUGGAGUGAUUUGUUUCUUUUAAUUUUCUUAAAAUUAUCCUUUUUAUUUGUUUACAGUUUUAAACUUUGUUGCAUUUUAAAAAUGUAAAAGUCGUGUUUGUUACAGUUUCUUUCUUCUUGGGGUUUUGUGAUGUCCUACGGGCGACUUGCAAUCCUGGAGUUUCACCAAACACCUUAAAAGUCUUUACUUUCACUAUCCAGGACAAACUUUUAAUAAUAGGCUGCAGAGAUUUUUACAUCAUCAUUUUUAUUCUCAAGACAGCGACAAAUAAGAGACAAGUAGAGGAGCAUUGCGUGCAAAUCUGUGAUGUGUGUUCACAUGUUGUGACCUGAACAGCGGAUUUGCUUCUUUCAUCUUGUAGGAAUCCUAGGUUUCCGAUUUUUUUCUCUGAUCUUGAACGCAACAAGUCUCAGCUGUGUCAGUGUGAGCAUUGACAUCAUCAGAGCAGGUAAACAAAGGUUCAGAUGUUACUGACAUGUACGUUUUUAUGUUUUUAUCAAUUAUACUAAACGACUCACUUAAUUUUCCCUCCAAUAAAUUUUUUUAUAUUUUUUGGAAGCCAACUGGAGUUAGGAAGAAAAAGUUUUCAAAUGUAAUGAAUGACAGAAAUAAUUAAAGUUAAAGUUUAGGCAUUUUAAGUCAUACUAUGACGAAUAGAUUAUUUUAAGUAUUCUGACUUAAAAACUCCCAAAAAUAAAGUGCAAAUUAAGAAAUGCUAAGACGUACACAAACAUUGAAACAAUUUGAUGACUUUUAUUUAUGUCAAAUGAAAAUAUAUUCAUUUAGAACCAGGACUUGUCAAAAUUGACAAAAGACAAAAUUAUUACGAUCGAGUAACCUUGUUUUUCUUCGCCUUAAAUAUGAUGCAGACGUCCUUUCUCCUGAUAUUUAAAUUUGCUCUGUACUGUAGUAGAAAGAGUGAGCGGGCUGUUGAACAUGUUGAGAUGGUGUCAGGUGUUUUAUCAUCAUGGAUUCAUUCUCUCCGUUAUUUCAGAGCAGACAUGUUGUGCUUUGUGUGGAAAAGUUUCACUCUUAGAUUGACAACGUUUGAGUGGAGUCUGGUGGAAUCCAGCAGACUGUCUGUGUGAAUACUAAUACUGUGUAUUUGUGUGGUUUCUCUUUUUUAACCAAACAGCCUGAAAAUAAAAACGUUUAAUCAGCAUUUAUUGAGACGCAAAUGCUGCACUGUUGAGGUUUCUGUAACUGAAUAAAAAUGACUCUCAAACCUU